AUGUCUGGACAGUAUGAUACUCCAUCACCGAAUGGCGUCAAUGGGGGUGGCGUCAUGCCCGACAACAUCGCUACUUGGCGUCUCCAACAGCAACCGAGGCCCGCGCAACCGCCGCAACAUGUACUGCCGCAGCAAUUGAAUGUACAGACAAUGUACCAAUCGCCAUAUGCGUUAUAUCAGCAACCCUCUCCACAUCAAGCGCAAGGUUUGGCCUCAAAUCCUGUUUUGGGGCAAUAUGUGGCCGGAUCUUUUCCACCACAAUCAGUUAACAACGCGCCCUCCCCUUCCGAGAAGACACCUCCUACCAUAUGCCACUCACAGGGGUUGGGUCCCGAGCUCCCCGACGUGACGUCGUCACCAGAGCAGCUUCCUGCUCCUUUAUCCCAACUCCAUCGCAAUCCUCGUCCUCAUCCAUCCCACGCUCUGCCGCAUAAUAUAGGCGCUUCUUCCGCAUUACCCUCUCCGAGAGAGCAACUCCCGCAACCAAUUCCUCCUCCUAAUUCUGCACCAUUAGGGCAGAAACGAUCCAGCCAUGUCAGUUUGUCUCCUCGUUCCUCCACAGGGACCAAGAGACAACGAUUGGUAGUCGAUAUCACAGAAUCCUCUCGAGAAUCUUCAGUAUCUACCCCACCUCCGAAGAGGCUGUCUACUCCCCCGGUGAAGAAGGAUGACAGUACGCUAAAGGCCGCCCCAAAGGCUACUCAGGCUACUCUGGAUGGGUACCUGAGUACUGUUGGCCAAGCGCAGUCGGAAAUUGCGAGCAUUCCUCCUCCCACUGCUGCUCCCAAUCCUCCACUCACUGCUGCCACCAAUCCUGCUCCCAAUCCUGCCCCCAAUCCUGCUCCCAAUCCUGCUCCCAAUCCUGCCCCCAAUCCUGCUCUCAAUCCAGCUCCCAACCCUGUCCUCAAUCCUGUACCUACUCCUGUACCCACUCCUGUCCCCAAUCCUAUCUCCAACCUUGGCCCCAAGCCUGCACCCGAGCCUGCACCCAAGCCUGCCUCCCAUCAUCAGCCCAACCCUCCAUCCAAUCGUAUCGCCAAUCCUUCUUUCAGCCCUUUUCUGCAACCUUCUUCAAAGUCCCCUUCCAACCCUUCUUCCACCCCCCCUAUCAAUCCUCCUACCAAUCUCCCUUCCAAUGCCCCUCCCAACACCGCCGCGACAUCAAACUUUCCUGUCGGUGUCAAAGUGCAACCUGGCGCCAAACUGCAACCCAGCGUCAAACUGCAAUCUGGCGUAAAGGCGGAACCUGGCGUCAAGGUGCAAUCUGGCGUCAAAGUGCAACCUGGCGUCAAAGUGCAACCUGGCGUCAAAGUGCAACCUGGCGUCAAAGUGCAACCUGGCGUCAAGAUGGAACCUGGUGUCAAAUUAGAACCUGGUGUUAAAGUAGAGCCUGGUAUCAACGCGGUUCCUGGAGGCCUCAUCGCAGGGACUGAGACCACUGCAGCCGAAAAGCAGACUGUCGACAUGUCCCUCAUUCGAAGUACCAUCACUCCCGAGGCUUUGAGGAGGGAUAUACCGGGCGGCCUAUUCAAGCACUUGCGCGUCCGGCACGACAAAGAAGACGACGAUGUCGUACAUCCUCCAGCAUUCACGCCGAAUCCUGACCAGCUCAAGGAGAUCCUCUCACAGCUCAACAAGCAUGCGUCAAAUUUGUACUUGAAGAAGAUGGCAGGGAACGGCAAUUACGUGGAAGUGUGGGAGGGUUGGCUGAAGACGAGCCGUAAGGAUCCAGUACGAUGGGAGAAAGUUUUAGUGCCUCUGUUAGAGGUGCUGGCAAGGACUGAUAUGGAACACAAAGUCGCGAUAGAAUUCCACAUCAAUAAAUUCGCAAAACAGUUGAUGGCAGCCGUCAAGGACAAGAAGCUUGACGGUACAAAUGCGAUUGCAGAAGCUUUUGGCAGAUUUGAAGCUCAUGCUUUCGAGAUGUUUCAGAAAGAGUCUGGGACCACAAGCAAGGACAAGGGCAAAGGAGAGGCUUCUGGGACGAAGAAGAAGGCUGAUGCGGGCAAAGAUGGUAUCAAGGCCAAAGAAGAGCCCGUGAGCAAAAGGCCAGCAACUGUCGCUGCUUCCUCGUCCAAGCUCGCAAGCAAUCCGGCCGCAUCAUCAACCGUGUCAGACAUGUCUUUCUUCAGCGCUUCUUUGCCAGCGCCCGCAAUGAAACCCAAACCCAAAGCCAGACCUGUACCUCCACCAAAGGCCGCUCCGGCUUCCGUUGCCAAACCCCAGAGCGCUUCCCUUUUGGCAAAUGUCAUGUCAUCUUUCACAAGACAGAAUUCUAUACCCGAGCGCUCUGCGGAUGUCAAGAAGGAAGCCAAAGAGACGCGAAAACUCAAGAGUGGAAGAACAGUAGGGACGGUGAGGUGGAAGGACGACGCGGAAUUGCGCGAGAUCAGAGAGUUCACCCCUGAUCCUGUUGAAAGAAGCAGUUCAGUCAGUCGCGCGAUAAGCGCACAUGAUAUGGAUAUGGCAGAAGGCAAGCUCUUGGCUAAAAAUCGUGACAGAGAUGAUAUUGAGUGGUCAGAACCAAUCCCGUACGUGGAGGGAGACUAUCUGCCGAUUGAAACGGAAGAGACGAGGGCACAGAGAGAAAGGGAACGUGGUGCACUUGUCGUCCCGUACUUUGAGGGUCAAACUCCUGCAGAACCUUCUGAGGAGGGCGUCAGAAUUAUUCAGCCAUUCGACAAUCAAACUCGUCAAAUGACUGCCGCGCCGAUCUAUGAGGCCGCCCAUGCGGCACCUGCCCCUGCUGCUCCCCCUCCUCCUGAUCAGAAUCAAAUUCAAGCUCUUCUAGCCAACCUCAACAUCCCCAUCCCGCAACCUUCCGUCCGUAAUUACUACCCUGCCGCUCAGCAACAUUACCCCGGACAAGAAGCAUGGGCCAAUGCGUCAGCGGGGCCUAGUGCGUAUGGGAACGAGUAUGCAGGUGAUAGUGGUGCGGAUUGGAAAAAGAGCUCGAAGAAAAGAAAGGCGCAGUGGAAGCCGGAGUUGAAGCAGACAAAGACAUGCCACCACUGGCGGCGAGGAAAGUGA